AAGUCAAGUCAGUUUUACCCAAUUUCAAUUUUUGACAGUCGGAGCCGUGGUGGUGGCUCUGAAGCAAUCAACUUUAGAGCUCGAUCGAUCGGUUUAUCAGAUUGAAACGGAAAUGGCGUUCCUCGGAAUCGAUUUCAGCUGUGCUUUGGGAUCUCUCCGCCAUGGCCAAUUUCCUGAGAAAGAUUGCUUGCUUCCUCUCAUUUCCAAACUCCUCGGCUAUGUCCUCGUCGCCGCUUCCACCACUGUCAAACUCCCUCAGAUAAUGAAAAUAUUGAAGAAUGGAAGUGUGAGAGGUCUUAGUGUUGUAUCUUUUGAGCUUGAGGUAGUUGGUUACACCAUUGCUCUGGCAUAUUGUUUCAACAAGGGACUUCCCUUCUCAGCUUAUGGGGAGCUAGCCUUUCUUUUGAUCCAAGCGAUAAUUUUAGUUGCUAUCAUCUACUAUUUCUCUCAACCUUUGGGUUUGACAACUUGGAUCAGAGCGCUAAUAUACUGUGCCGUGGCACCGACCAUUUUAGCUGGUCAAAUUGAUCCUGUUCUGUUUGAAGCUCUAUAUGCAUCUCAACAUGCAAUUUUUCUGUGUGCUAGGAUCCCUCAGAUAUGGAAAAACUUCUCUAGUAAAAGCACUGGGGAGCUCAGCUUCUUGACUUGUUUAAUGAAUUUUGGAGGUUCCAUUGUGAGGGUAUUUACCAGCAUGCAGGAAAAAGCGCCACAAAGCGUUGUGUUGGGCUCUGUAAUUGGCAUGACAACCAAUGGUACCCUUCUGAGUCAGAUAAUUUUCUACAAAAAGCCAGAAGAUAUUAAACAGAAGAAAACUGAGUGAGACCAAAUGGAUAUAAAAUUACGCAUGGCCUCUCCUCUAGACGGUUAGCUUCAUCCAAGCCAAGGCUCAACAACACCGGUUGCAAGUUUUCAGAUCACAUUUGGUAACAGCUAAAUUGUUCUUACACAUUGGAUAUUGUUCUUCUUUCUUGCACUGAAGUUAUUUAGCCAAAUAUUUGCCAAAAAACGUUACUUUUCUAAGUUACCACUCUAAUACUGUAGUUUAUUUCCCCUCCAUGUGGGGGCAACAUCAAUUAUUUUAUGAAACCACUGGACAUUGUUCUUCUUUCU